AUGCCCGGUUGCCCAAAAGCGGCUCGAAAAGCAAAGGAAACAGAAGCUGCGAAAGCGGCGAUUCGUGAGAUUCUCUCGAAGUUGGAGUACGAUCAAGUAACAGAUGUGAAGGGAUGGUUCGACAAGUACAUCAACGAGAGCCCGCCCGAAAGAGUGACAUUCAACUAUGAGCGGGAGCAGCAGAAGAAACUGCUCGAGCGAGGAGCCGACAAACUCGACCGAAUAGCCACGUACCUCAAGGACAAAGCGGUGGAUGUUCCGUCGAAAGCGGCGAGCAAACUGAGAUAUCCCACGGAAGGGUACGACAGUGAUUGCACAGAGCUGAACACGUGCGAAAUCGACGCUUUCCUGUACGAAGACGACGACAUAGAAGACCUCGUGCAACGUGGAUCUCUCAGUCGCACGUACUGCCCGACGUGCAACUCUCGCGAUACCGUUCAUCUGAACUUCAUCAGCCACAGCUUGAGCCGCCUGCAGGUGAGAUUCCUGUUCGAUCAGCUGAUGCCGGCCAGCUGCGAACACGUGCUCGAUAUCGGAAGUCGCAUCGGAGCCAUCGUUUACGGAGCGUCUAUUUUCACGUGGGAAGCUGCGAAUUCGGCUGAUAUUCUGAGUCUUAUUUUUUAGAAAAGAGAACGUGAAAACAGUGGGAGUCGAAAUAAGCGCCGACUACGCGGCCCUUUCGAUGCGGACCAUUCAACAGUUUGGAUUGAAGGUUCGUUCUCGUUUCAUUUCACAAAAAAACAACAACAACAACAAACAUUUGUAGAACGUGGAAAUCAUCCGAGAAGACAUCCGUCACCUACCGCACAUCUUCAAAGAGAAUCAGUUUAUCGUCAUGAACAACGUCUUCUCGUUCUUUCUCUCCAAAACCGAACAGGAGGAGUGCUGGGAGUUUUUGCACAAGCACAUGGUCCCCGGAACGGUGCUAGCCCAUCAUCCGUCCAUUGACAAAGUCCUAGAGACACUGAAUCUCUCGUUCAACUGGGAAGACUGGCUGGAAGCGGUGGACACGACGAGCGAGUGCCUCGAGUACGGCGGACACAGUUCGGAGAUUUACGAGGAAAUGGAGUCGAUAUGCAAGUACAUUGUCAAGAAUCCGGCGGCGGGGGACCACUAG